AUGCCCACCCCGCAAAAAGUUCGUCGGCAAAGCACACAAGUUUCUGAUAAACACAUACCCACAACACAACAACCUUGUACCACAGCCCCCGCACAACCUUGCACCACAGCUGUUGGACUGCAGCAGGACAAAACCAAGAGAGAGCAAAGCAUGUGGCAACAGCAACCACCCUCCUAUCCUUCGGCCCCUGGCGCCUACCCGCCUCCGUACGGCUCCACUGCGCCCUACCCGCCUCCCGGUUCUGCGGCAGGCCCCGCUGGCUAUCCGCCCCGCUACCCGCCCCCUCCCGGUACUGGGUCGCAGCCCGGCUAUCCGCCGCAGCCACAGUCCCAGUAUCCGCCGCCUCAGUCCCAGCCCGGCUAUCCCGGCACCUACCCGCCCCAGUCCUAUCCUCCGCCGCAAACACAACAGCAGCCUCAGCUCUGGGCGUCGUCGUACUAUAAUCAAGUCCAGCAGCAAGAGCUGUCCGAGCUCCAGAAGUGGUUCAACAGUGUAGAUAGGGAUCGCAGCGGUGCCAUUUCGGCCAACGAGCUCGCCAACGUCGCAGUGGGUGGCAUUCGGCUGGGCAUCGACCUUGCCAUUAAGCUGGUGAGGAUAUUCGAUGUGGACGGUAAUGGACAAAUUGACUUCAGGGAGUACGCCUCCCUCCACAAGUUCCUGCUCAGCAUGCAGCAAGUGUUCUCCAUGGGCGACAAGGACCGCAACGGACGGUUGGAUUCGAGAGAGAUCCACGAGGCGCUGCGGACAGGCGGAUUCAACAUGUCUUACAAUACGUCGCACGCGCUCUACCGUAAAUACGAUACCACGGGCUACGGCUUGGACAUGGCCCAGUGGAUCGCUCUCGUGGCGCAUGUGGCGAUGACACGAACGGCCUUCGAGACCAGAGAUCGGGAGCGGAAGGGCCAGAUCGUCUUCAACUUUGAUCAGCUCUUGGAGUUCUCCGCCGCCAUUUGA